GGUGAAGCCGCCGGCCCUCGAGGCGCGGAGGGCCGCAAUGGCAGCAGCCCCGGAGCGGGGCCUGAGGCGGAUGGCCUCGGAGGGAAGGCCGCGGAAGGCUCGGCCGGUGGCAGCUUGGCUGCUGUGAGCCCCAACCCUGGCGACAAGCCCAUGACCCAGCGGGCCCUGACCGUGCUGGUGGUGGUGAGCGGCGCUGUGCUGGUGUACUUCGUGGUCAGGACCGUCAGGAUGAGAAGAAGAAACCGCAAAACUAGGAGAUACGGAGUUUUGGACACUAACAUAGAAAACAUGGAAUUGACACCUUUAGAACAAGAUGAUGAGGAUGAUGACAACACAUUGUUCGAUGCCAAUCAUCCUCGAAGGUAA